CAAGUGGUUACAUGGAUAUAGAUUGAAAAGCUUAUCCAAACGACCUCCUCCAUUCCAUGAGAAAGUUGGGACACACACAAACAGAGGGAAGUCUCUGACGCAAUUGGACAUGGCGGCAUUGUUCGGAGCCACUUCUUCCUCCAUCUCUGCCUCUCGGCUCCCCACUUCUCACUCUUCAAAACCUUCGUUUUCUUGCCUCUCUUCUGCUACAGGCCAGAUUUAUGGGAGGAAAUUUUAUGAAGGGAUCAGAAUUCCCCUCAAGAAGGGAAGAUCUCAGGUCCACGCUGCAGUUACAAAUAUAGCCACAGAAAUUAGUUCCACAGAACAGGUUCAGAAGCUCGCAUCAAAGGAAAGUCAGAGGCCAGUGUACCCCUUUUCUGCUAUAGUAGGGCAAGAUGAGAUGAAAUUGUGCCUUUUACUAAAUGUGAUUGAUCCCAAGAUUGGAGGUGUCAUGAUCAUGGGUGACCGUGGCACUGGGAAAUCCACCACGGUGAGGUCUUUGGUGGAUUUGCUUCCUGAGAUCAAAGUGGUUGCUGGGGACCCCUUUAACUCUGAUCCAGAUGACCCAGAAGUAAUGGCAAUGGAAGUCAGAGAGAAGAUCUUUGAAGGAGAGAAACUCCCUGUCCUGACAACCAAAAUUACCAUGGUGGAUUUGCCCCUAGGUGCUACUGAGGAUAGAGUCUGUGGAACUAUUGAUAUUGAGAAGGCCCUCACUGAGGGUGUCAAAGCAUUUGAGCCUGGUCUUCUUGCUAAAGCUAAUAGAGGUAUUCUUUAUGUGGAUGAAGUUAACCUUUUGGAUGACCACUUAGUGGAUGUGCUGCUGGACUCUGCUGCAUCUGGAUGGAACACGGUUGAGCGAGAAGGGAUAUCCAUUUCACAUCCAGCUCGUUUUAUUCUGAUUGGUUCUGGAAAUCCUGAAGAAGGUGAGCUCAGGCCACAGCUUCUUGACCGGUUUGGUAUGCAUGCACAGGUGGGAACUGUGAAGGAUGCGGAGCUCAGAGUUAAGAUCGUGGAGGAGAGGUCAAGGUUUGACCGAAAUCCUAAGGAAUUUCGUGAAUCCUACAAGGCAGAGCAGGAGAAGCUCCAACAACAAAUUGCCUCAGCCAGGAGUUAUCUUUCUUUUGUUCAGAUUGAUCAUGAUCUUCGGGUGAAGAUCUCUAAGGUCUGUGCUGAGCUGAAUGUUGAUGGAUUGAGAGGUGAUAUUGUGACAAACAGGGCUGCAAGAGCUUUGGCUGCACUGAAGGGGAGGGAUAAAGUAGCUCCUGAGGAUAUUGCCACUGUUAUUCCCAACUGCUUAAGACAUCGUCUUCGGAAGGAUCCAUUAGAGUCAAUUGACUCUGGAUUACUUGUCAUUGAGAAAUUCUAUGAGGUGUUUAGUUGAGGGAGUUAACUAGGUAUCCCUCUUUCUUGUAAGUUUUUGCAGGACAUAUUUUUUUCCCUUUUUGCUUCUAUUGUCACUUCUUUUUUGUUUUUCCUCCAUUUCCUGUGAUCUCAAUUCCAGAUUUUGCAAGUAGAGGUAUAGAUUAACAUUACCAUCGAUGUUAUGUUUAAGUUAAUUUUGUCAAUGCUUUUGAGCAAAGAUAGAACUCAUAUUACAUGGAAGAAUUCUAAGCAUCUGAAUGUAUAUUUUAUCUUCU